AUGGGAAUUCCUUCCCUAACUAAACACCUCUCUCAAUACACUGAAACUGUGGUGUUGAGUGGGGAUCCAGUCACUCCAGGUGGCCCCCCUCACAUCCGAUCUGUGGUCAUUGACGGGCCAAGUCUGGUGUACCAUGUCUACUACCGAUUAUUGGCCUGGGCAGAUAUCGCAUACGAUGCGCUGGACAUUCAACCCACUUGCGACGAGGUUAGCCGGGGGGUUGUGAGUUUCCUAUUGCAAUUGAAAGAUCGGGGAGUUGAAAUCCAUCAAAUAUGCUUUGAUGGCGCUCUGCCCAUCUCGAAACGAGCGACUCGCUUGGCUCGAAUUGAAAAAUCUCGACAAAAGCUAGAGUCCUGUCGGCAGAGGCCAAUUCCACCGACCGCCAACAGACACCGCAAGGCGGAUGCCAUACAACCAGCGCAGAUUUGGCAUCGCCGGCACCUUCCUUCGCGGUGGAAGAAUUUACCCGAGAACCCAUUCAUGGUCUCUGCGGUAUAUGAGGAUCUUACUAAUCGGUGGAGCAAGAAGCUGAUGACAACGACCAUUCAUCCAUGUGCGGCUCAGCUGGAGGGAGAUUACCCUUGGGCCAAAAUCACAAUCAUGGUCCCCGGAGAAGCGGAUCUCGACUGCGCUCGCAUUACAAAGUUAACAGGUUCGGCCGUGCUCACAAAUGACUCAGAUCUGGCGGUCCAUGACCUAGGGCAACAUGGAUCACUUGUCUUGCUCAACUCUUUGGAAUUUCUUGACGAUACGCCCGAUCUAACCUCAUCGGAGAUUCGAGGACUAAGAAUACAUCCUCAUGAGAUUUGUGUCCGGUUGGGGUUAAGAAGUUUGCAACGAUUCGCCUAUGAGUUGACGCAAGAUCCGCACCGUGGUUUUUCAGAUCUAGUACGCCGGUCGAAGGAAGACCUUGGGACGGGGUCCGUUAUUGGCUUCGAUGAAUUUCUUCAAGAAUACCUUGACGACUCCGAUCAACAUAUGUCAUUGCAAGGCAUUCCAAGCGCUCUUGCAUUGGAUCCCCGGGUUUCCGAACUGUUUUGGCAAUACAAGCUUCCAGAGAGCUAUUGUUGGGGAGAAGAUAUUCGACCGCACAUCUACCUAGGAAUCUUGCCCGAGGACCAUGCCAGACAAUGCGCAUGGGAACAGGGAAUAAUAUAUCGAGCUCUUGGGUAUUCCCUUCUCAAUCUGGCUCAACCUGCAGCGCGUCAAUUCCCUGUCAUCCACGAGUUUGUACGCAGAGGCCGCCGGAUUGUCCCAGAGCAGGUCACUCUCAGUCAAGCCAAAGCCAUCGCUUUAGACUUAGACUUGCUCAGUGGACGUCUUCAUUUGGCGCGCUCUGUUUUUGGGAGUGAGGCACAGCCCAGCUUCUGGGUGAUGUUCGCCCUAUCGGAGAUUUACCGGAACAGCUCUAGUAAUACAACAAUCCCAAGUGCCAGCAAGUUGGAACACUUCCUCGCCCAUGGCUUCGCUGGUAAAUGCACUGAGUGGGCUGAUCUUCACCUUCUGGCGCAGAUCCAUGCUGUACUGUACUCGCUCCGUAUGCUGAAACAACUCCUGGGCGUCACAAAGGAUUUUGAUAUGUCGAGACAGCACGAGGGCAUACUCAACGAGCUACCCUCAUUGUAUCUUCUGGUGGGAUCCCGACAUGAUGUGAUGAAAGGAUUUUUGGGGGUACCUUCGGUCCAUGAAUUAGUCUCCCGGCUAUUUCAGACAUACGGCUGA